AUUGCGCCUGCGCAGAAUGACUGCUGUAAUGUUUGUGGUCAAUGCAAUUUAAAAAUCCAAUUAAUCUUGAAAAAAUCAUCACUAUGUUAACACAGAAGUAUAAUCUCUGUCUUUUUGAAUAUCAAUAAAAACAUUAUAACUGCUUCUUUUCCUAAUUCCUAAUGCAGCAGUUACGGGAAAAAUUAGUGGAAGUUGACAAAUAUCGUUCAUUGUUGUCGUUCAGCCUUUUCAGUUUCAAGAUGGCGAAUACUGCCCACCCUGGAAUCUGAGUGAAAUUUUGUACUAGCUUUACUUCCCUUGCAAGUGCUUCUGUUUUCCUCAAUUGGAAAACAUGGAGUUGCGAGUAGGAAAUAAAUACCGUCUUGGUCGCAAAAUAGGAAGUGGAUCGUUUGGUGAUAUAUAUAUGGGGACUAAUAUCACUACUGGUGAAGAAGUUGCAAUCAAGUUGGAAUGUGUGAAAACUAAACAUCCACAACUACAUAUAGAAAGCAAAUUCUACAGAAUGAUGCAGGGUGGAGUUGGAAUACCAACCAUCAAAUGGUGUGGCUCUGAAGGAGAUUAUAAUGUGAUGGUUAUGGAGCUUCUGGGACCAAGUUUGGAAGAUUUAUUUAAUUUCUGCAACCGGAAAUUUAGUUUAAAGACGGUAUUAUUAUUAGCUGAUCAGUUAGUCAGUAGAAUAGAAUAUAUUCAUAGCAAAAACUUUAUCCAUAGAGACAUAAAGCCUGACAAUUUUUUAAUGGGACUUGGCCAAAAAGGCAAUUUAGUGUACAUAAUAGACUUUGGACUAGCAAAAAAGUACCGUGAUUCUCGUACACAUCUGCAUAUUCCUUACAGAGAAAAUAAAAAUCUCACAGGCACAGCAAGAUAUGCAAGUAUAAAUACACAUCUAGGAAUUGAACAAAGUCGGCGGGAUGACUUGGAAUCUUUAGGCUAUGUCUUGAUGUACUUUAAUAGAGGCAGCUUACCAUGGCAAGGUCUAAGAGCAGCAACAAAACGGCAGAAGUAUGAAAGAAUAAGUGAGAAAAAGAUGUCCACGCCUAUUGAAGAACUAUGUAGAACAUUCCCAUCGGAAUUUGCCACUUACCUAAAUUACUGCAGAUCUCUACGGUUUGAAGAAAAACCCGAUUACUCAUACUUGCGGCAGCUUUUGAGGAAUUUAUUCCAUCGACAGGGAUUUACAUAUGAUUAUGUUUUUGAUUGGAAUAUGCUUAAAUUUGGUGGUAACCGUAAUAAACAGGAAAUGCAGGAGGAAAGAGAUCGCCGUGAUCGACAUCAUCAACAUACGAGUACUACCUCUCGUGGUGCACUUCCAGCUCCCACGACAGCUAGCAGUAGUCGCUUGCGAGGAGCUCCAGAUUCUGCCAGCCCAGCCACUGGUAGAUCUUUACCACACCACCUAGCUGCUUCUGCGAACAUGACACAAGCUAUUUCUGCAAGUGGGGGUCCUGCCCCUGCAGCAUCUGCAGCAGCAAUGGUGGCUGCAUCUCAUGCUGCUGUACCUCUACCGUCCGCCAUGCCGUGUAUGCGAUCACGGACCCGAUCUACUCCCCGUGCAGGUAUAACUGGUCAAGAACCAAAUUCUCAGAGAUGACCUGUGCUUUCGGGGACUGCUGAAUAGUUAAAAUUGAAAAGAAAAUAUUGAAAUUUGUACAAGAAUUUUUCUAUUUGAGGGGCCAGUUCAAUCUGUGCUUAAAAUUAAAAGGCAUGGUUGUUUCAUGCACUGAGCUCCACUGAAGAGUUUGAAGAAUAGAAAUUUUGUAUUGCUGUUCUAGGUGAUGCCAGUUGAAAGGACAAGCUUCCAUUGCAUGAACUUAGCUUCCUUUUCAUUAGGUUCAUUAAAAAUGUUUUGACUCAAAAUCUUGUAUAGUUCUCAUAUAUGAAUUAAAGUCAUUUGGUCAUUUUUUAUGGGUUUGAAUACUGUUAAGCAUUUUGCAUAGAUUUAAACUACAAAACAGUGAUUUAAAGGAAAUUUCCAUUGUGCAGCUUACUCUUGUUCUUGAAAAGUUAUGUUUUACCAUUAGCAUAUAACAUUUUGAAAAAAGGUACUAGAAUAACUUUCUUACUCUGUAUAUAUAUUUUUUUUGGCUAAUGUAUAAUUAAAAUAGGUGUUUAUAUGUUCAGGACAUUUUUAUUUAUUCUGUAUCCUUUGAUAUGUUUGUAAAAAAAAAAAAAAAAAAAAAAAAAAAAGUUUAUAAAAGGUAUAUGUUUACCAAUUUAAGUGCAAAGGAAUGUAACUUUUGUGAUUUUUCAGUUUUGCAUUGGGAAUUAACUCAAUAAAACUUUUCCUUUUCAUAACUGGAAAAGUAUAUAGUGCAAAGUAUUUUUAUAUGUUUCCAGCAAAAUAUUUUAUGGAUAAAAAUUUCUAAAAUGUGCAAUUAAACUGUAAAUACCAGUUGCCAUUUCUUUUGCAUUAACAGGAUAAUACUAAUUUACAUGGUAAUAUAAUGUAUUUUUAAUUGCAGAAUUCAUAGUUAGUCAGGUAAAAUAAAUGUAAUAAUUUGAUUUGGUUUUGAAUAUUUUCAGUAUUAUUUUCAUCAUGUAUUUUUCUUGAAAUGUAUUCCUACAGUGGAAAAGACAUUCUACUUUUAUCCUUGCAAAAAGUCUGUAAUUAUUUAAAGGUAUGAAUUUAAGUAUUGGUGUAGGGAUAUGCAGGUUAAGAGGUAAUGCUGCACUAAAGUCACUUUAUGUUACAAGUUUUUAAAUUAAGAUGUGCUCUGUGCAAGAUGUAAGGUGUGGCAUUAAAAUAUCAUAUCUACAGUUCAUGGCUGUUUCAUUGUUGAAAUUUUUAUAUAAUUUUAUGUAAUACUGAAAUUUUUUGUUGAGAGAAACUUAAUUUCUCUUCAAGAAAUCUGUGAUUCAUUGCUAUAACCAGUAAUAUUGUGCUGCUUCUUAUCAAGAUGGCCUCUUAACAUUCAUUAUUAAAAUAAUUUUGGAAAUGAAUAUUAAUAGGAAUUAAUAAAAUUUUAAAAAAUUUAUUAAUAUUUUCCUCCUUUCUAUAAGACUUUUAAAAAUUGUAAUAGUUGAUUUGUACUUUAGAAGUUUUCAUAAAAUGUAAUUACUUUAACUAAGUGUUGCUGCAGUUUAUUUCCUUGUGUUGUGUAGUUGAGAAAACUUUACGUAAGCAUUGUAAGCUUUUUAUUGGCAUGGGUAUGAAUCCUUAGGUAGCAGUUAUUGCAUUGUAGUAUAAAUUUACUCUUUAUAGCCUAAAAUUUCAUAAAAUGGUAGCUAAACCAUUAAUUAGCAAAAUAUUUUUUAAGGUAAUAUAAAUUGAAGGUAAAUAUUUGAACUUGUUCAAACUACCCAUGCCACUUGGAAAGUUUUAAGUAAAUUUCUGUCAAGGAAUCUUAAGUAAUAUAUAGUGAUUAUUGGCACUGUAGUGUUUUAAGUGUCUCCUAUUAUGGUAAAUAUUACAGUCAUUAGAAAUUAAGUUAAGUUUUAAGCUUCAUUAGAAAUUAAUGCCUAAUAUGACUUUAGUUUUGCUGUGCACAAAAUUUUUUUAAUUUAGCAUUUGUUUUAGUGUAGUCAAGGUAGUCUUUUUAAAAUGAAUUGGCAAACUUUUUCAGAAUCAUGAACAACACAAGAAAGUUGCAUUAAUAUGAAGGAAGUGAUAUUUCUUCUUUCUCAACCAAAACAAAGAGUAAAGGGGAAAUAGUGUAGUAUUUUCUCACUUACCUCUUUGAUAGUUUAGUUUAUUGAAUACCAAAAAAGAAUCCAAAUUAGAAGUUGCACAUGCCAGUUCUCCCCCCCUUUUGUGUGUAUUAAUGUUUUUUUUUUUUUUUACAUUAGAAAUAUUUUUAUGCCCUUUUUUAACAUAUUUCAACUUUAGUUUAUUUUGUUCAUGGAAACAUCUAUAACUUAUCAAGAUAUUGAGCAAUUUAAAAUUUAACUUUUAUGAUAACACACAAUUAUGUGUUUUAAUGGUUAUAUGCUUAUUGAUCUGUUGUGUUAGAUGUGAAAAACAAAUUUAAGUCAAGGAAUUUGCGUGUCAGAUUUAUAACCAUUUGGUGCCAACUUUUUUAUGAGAAAUUAUUAUUGUAAUUAUUAGCCAGAAUUCUCUUUUCUUGUACAUAGACUAAUUUGUUAUUUGUAUUUAAUUGCAUUUUAUAAUCGUUAGUCUUGUGCUAGGUUAGGCAGGAAAGACUGCUUAGCUGAAGAGUUGGAUUUUGGGUACAGAUAUUUUUAAUAAAUUUUUCAGUAAUGUAUUAAAUAUGUUGAAUGAAUGAAAGUGAGUGUUUUAUUUUCUAAUGUAAAAUUUGAAAUCGUGUUUUAGAAGAUUGGUUGAUUUUGCUGCUGAGACAGGAUAUGUUAAUAUGUUGUAUACCAGUGAUCUCCUUAAACCAAACUUAAAUGAAAUAUAAAUUUUUGUCCUCUGUAUGUAAGUAAUUGUUACAACUAGGUCUUGUAUGCCUGAGGUACUCAAAUGGGUUGUAUGUCUGAAUUUUCAGAUGCAGGUAAUACUAAAGUGAUUUUUUUUUUUUUUAAUAGUGAAAAUAACUUUUGAAAUAAAAUGUUUUAGAGAGGGAAAUUCUUAAGUAUUUUGUAAUUAAAAAUAUUUUACAUGCUAAAAUUUUGAGCACAAAAGAAGGAUUUUUGUUAAACGUCUCUUUCAAGGGUAUAUUAUUGUAUAUAUAUGUGCUUUUGGCACUUUUUAAUCAUAACAGAGGUUUUGCAUAUUAUUUAUGCAAGGAAAUUAAUAUUAUUUCAGUGACAUAUAACUUGCAGUAAUUUUUCCCUUUUCUCAUAUUCAUCAUCUCAACCAUUUUUAGUUUUCUUGUAGGGAUUGAAUGUUGGCUUAAAUUAUUAAUCAAGCUUUUCUCUUUUCAAUUUUGGCUUUACUAUCUCAUGUAUACAGUUUGUUUCCUUAAUAAUAGUGAAGGUUAAAUGUUAGCUGAUUUAUAUGUAGUAAAAAGUGUGGAAGAUUUGUCUUGCCUUGGAAUAAGAGAGAACUGUUGUGAUAAUUGUUUUAAUGGAGCAUUAUAAGUGUGCAGAGAUUUAAAAGUCAGGCAGUAAACAAAAUAUCAUUUUUUUUUAAAGAAAAAAUGAAUGUUGGGAUUCAAAAAUCCUUCUUAAAACCAAAUGAACAUUGCUAAAAUAUCUAAGAAAAAUGGUUUCUCCUUGUAAAUGAAAAUCAUGUCUAAAUAUAUAAAUCAUUGAUAUGAUUUUGUACAGUGCAUGUAUAGUUUUUCCUCUCUUUUUUUUUUAUAUACCUAGAGUUAAGAAUUCUGUAUUAUGUCAUUUCAGUUGUUCAGCAUAAGGUAUGCUGAGUAGAAAUAAAUAAAGAGAGAGAGAGAGUGGUAUAAUGGCAACAAGCUUCUAUAUUCUGUUAAACCCUUGAGUUAAUUAUUACUAUUUUGAGAACUAUUAAGUAUGCGAGAAUUUUUAGUUAUUAGUACUGUACCAUUUAAGUGUGAGGCUGAAACUUUUUAAACUGGUCUGGUAUGUUUUACACACAUGAUUUUAAAAACAUAUUAACCCUUCAAGCAGCCAAGAGUUUGGCCUUGAACCCUUAAAUUUUUAAUAAAAGCAAUGACUAAGUGACAUUUUCUUGGUUGAAAUUUUGAAAUGACCUUUCCAGUUUGUACUUUUUUUCCCUAACAUAUAUGGUACUAUAAUUGGACACAUUUUAAGAUGCACUUAUGUGCAUUUAAAGAUGUAACUAAUAUUUUAAUGUAUGUAUAUAUAUAUAUAUAUAUAUAUACAGUUUGAUUGUUUAGAGGGUUAAGAGUUUUCUAUCAUCAAGGUGUGAAUUAAGAUGUAUUGCAUAUUAAGAGAAAUCAAAGUAUCAAGAUCCUUAUUUUCUUAGCUUAUAUAAUUUAAAUUAAACUUUCAUUAUCUCUGGUAUAUUUCUCAUAUAUUGCAGCCAUUCAGAAGUCUUUUUAGAUCUGUUAAAUAGAGCUUCCUAUUUUCAUUAAUAGGAUUGUUAUUAAAUAAAGUUCUGUAUAGUGAAUUUUUCUUACAUAAAUUUUAAUUAUCAAAUCAGUGAUGAACUGUAUUAUUUCAUGAAAUAUGUUCACUAUAAAUUUGCUAUGUACUGUACUAAAUAAAUGGGUUUCUGUUUCCCCUCAUUCUUUUUUCCCUCCAAUUUUAAUUCAGUGGUGGGAUUUAAGUGUAGAAGAACCAAUUCAUUGCUAAAAUAUGUUACAAACUCCGUUACUACAUAAUGAUAGAUUAGCUAAAUAAGUAUCAUUCACUUUUAAGACUAAAUUUCCAUGAACUGGCUGAAUCCUUCCUCUGUUUGACUCCAUUACAUUGAGCGUUCAAUUAUACUAAAUUCAAUAAGUACUUUUUAUGUUGUUGUGUUGAAGUACUGUUUAAAGUUUAAAUAGCACUUUAGAGCAAUAGCAGGCUGUUUUCUGAUAAUUUUAAUCCUAAAUUAUGUUUCUUGAGCUGAAAUGUGUGAAAUUUGCUGAUUUUUAUUUUCAUAAAUGAAGGAGAAUAUUUGAAAAGUAGUAUAUAAGGUUGUUAUCCCAAUCAUUUAAAAGUUCAUUUAACUGUUAAAAACAAGGAAUAUUUACUUCUUCCUUCUGCUUAAAAAAUUACUUUUCAAGUGCCGUAUGAAUUUAUAGGUGCUUCAGAGUCCAUGAAUGGACAUACAUAGUACUAUUUCUAUUUUCAGGUAUUUCUAGUAAAGUAGGGAAACUUAAAUGUCUUGAUAGAUCUCAAAAAAUCUUUGUAUGUGUGUUUUCUCCAUUUUAUGAAAUGAUGGUUUACAGAACUUGAAGUAGUCUCGUGUACAGUUUUUUAGAGCAUUAAUUUUACAUAAUUUAAAAAUAUUUUUGAUUACUGCCUUUAAAAUUCUUAAAGUAUAAUUUUUAAAAUGUAUAAAAUUAAGUGUGGAAUUUUGAUUUAACUUUUUAAAAGAAUGUAUACAUAUGAAAUAAUUUACAAAGUUUCCUUUGUGAUUAUGUUGUUUUAUUAUUCUUCUAGAUUAAUCUUUGGUUAUGAAUUCAUAUAAUGGAAUUUUUUAUUCUGUAUUUGUGUGAUGCAUAUAUAAUAACUGCUGUAAAAUUUAAUUAUUUGCAGUUUUUGUAAAGAGAAAUGUUUAUACUUACUCAUUUAUUUAUUUAUUUCAUUAUUUGAUAACUUACUAUUUUAUUAAAGGGGAUUGUGUAUAUGUAUCAUAAGGCCAUGGAGGUAUAAAAUUUGAAUUUAUUUUACUAAAACAAAUGAAUUUAUUUAUGUAUCAAAUAUAACAUGGUGUAACUAACAGAAAUUUUAGAACAGAGGGGAUUUGAAACGUGUUAUGUUGAAUUUCAAUGUUGCUUAGAAGCUGUUAUUAUCAAAAUCACAGUAUGUUAAUAAAAGAAAUCAGUUGAAAUAUAAGAGAGAUGACUGUGUCAGAUUUUGAUAUGUAUAUUUGAUUUGCAAUAUGACUGUAUCUGUGUUUAAGUAAUAUAAUUAUCUAAACUUUUUUGAUACUACAUUUAUAUUUUAACCAGUUUUAUGACUGAUUUCUUUUGAAUGUGUCUAAAUUUAAGGAAUAAUAGUGUGAAUGUGAAAUACAAUCUUUGACCUUUGCAAUAAGAUUUAAUUACAAUCAUUAUACUGUUGGAAUAUCUUAAAAGAUUUGUAUUAAUUAUUUUAACAGGAGUAUCACAAUAAUGGUAAGGGAAAUAACAUGCCAUAUUAGUUUUUUAAUAAUUUUUUUUUAAAAAUUGGUUUUUCCAAGCAUUGCGUUUUCCAUAUAAGGUUUUCUGUCUUUGAAGAGUUUGUACUCUACAUACUAUCUGCUGUUUAUACUGCUAUGAACUUGCAAAAAUUAAAGCAAAAACACGAGAAUAAUUUUUCAUCUAGUCUUUUUGCAUAAAAGCUGUAGUUAAAUGUUUUCAGACUAGGAAAAAAAAUUACUCUGAAUAGUUUUAACUCUGCAGUUUUGCCUGAACUGUGCUUUUACAUAUCGCUGAGUAAAUACAUGACAGAUGGUGCAGUUCUUUGAUUUUUUCCUUUGUGAUGUCAACUGCACUGAUCAGCAAGAACUGCUGUGUAAAGCAUCAAAGGAAGACUAAUUGUGACAAAAGAUAAUUAGUGAUUAUAUACAUAUGAUGUGCCUAGUUUUGAUAAAUAAAUGACCUCAAGUUUUUCUUUUGUUUGUAUGUGCACAAAAAGUGAGUGAAGUUUUAUCUCGUGUGACUAUUUUUCACGUUACGCAAAGCUCCCCUUGUGCUGUGAAUGUAAAAAAUACUGCUUGCAUAAUUCUUUGCAAACAAGAUAGUGUAUGUUUAAAAAUGUAUAAUUAUUGUUAUUGUUAUUAUAGACUGGUUUUGCAAAGAAAUAAUGCUGUAUAAUAUUGCUGCCUCACCCAAGAUUUGUAUGGUAUAACAAAAGUAAAAUGUGAAAAAUGUUUUUACAUUUAUUAACAAAUUUUUACUUUUAUUUUUUAAGUGAUGUGAUGUAAGUUAUGUAAGUAUACUAGGAAUUUGAAUAAAUUGUAAAGAAUUACUUA